AUGGUGGCCCUGUCACUAAAGAUCGGUGUGGGGAACGUGGUUAAGACAAUGCAGUUUGAGCCCUCCACCAUGGUGUACGAUGCCUGUCGUAUCAUCAGGGAGAGAGUUCCUGAGGCACAGCUCGGCCAGCCCAAUGACUAUGGGCUGUUUCUGUCUGAUGAAGACCCAAAGAAAGGCAUCUGGCUGGAGGCAGGAAAGGCCCUGGACUACUACAUGUUGAGGAAUGGGGACACUCUGGAGUAUAAGAAGAAGCAGAGGCCUCUCAAGAUCCGCAUGCUGGACGGCACAGUGAAAACUGUCAUGGUUGACGACUCAAAGAUUGUCAGUGACAUGCUCAUGACCAUCUGUGCAAGAAUAGGCAUUACAAACUACGACGAGUACUCACUAGUGCGAGACAUUGGUGAAGAGAAGAAGGAGGAGACCACAGGGACCCUGAAAAGAGACAAGACUCUUCUGAGAGAUGACAAGAAGAUGGAGAAGCUGAAGCAGAAGCUCCACACAGAUGAUGAAUUGAACUGGUUGGACCAUGGCAGGACGUUGAGGGAACAGGGUGUGGAGGAGACAGAGAUGUUGCUGCUGAGAAGGAAGUUCUUUUACUCAGACCAGAAUGUGGACUCCAGAGACCCUGUCCAGCUCAACCUGCUUUAUGUACAGGCCCGUGAUGAUAUUCUGAAUGGAUCUCAUCCAGUCUCCUUUGAUAAGGCCUGUGAGUUUGCUGGCUAUCAGUGUCAGAUUCAGUUUGGUGAUCACAACGAGUCCAAACACAAGUCUGGAUUCUUAGAUUUAAAGGAGUUUCUUCCCAAAGAAUACAUCAAGCACAAAGGAGAGAAAAAGAUCUUUCAGGCGCACAAAAACUGUCAGAACAUGACAGAGAUUGAGGCCAAAGUCAGCUAUGUGAAGCUGGCCAGGUCUCUAAAAACCUACGGAGUGUCAUUCUUUCUGGUCAAGGAGAAAAUGAAGGGCAAGAAUAAACUGGUACCUCGUCUGCUGGGUAUCACCAAGGAGAGUGUGAUGAGGGUGGACGAGAAGACCAAGGAGGUGAUCCAGGAGUGGAACCUGACCAACAUCAAACGCUGGGCUGCCUCACCGAAGAGCUUCACCCUGGACUUUGGAGACUACCAGGAUGGUUACUACUCUGUGCAGACCACUGAGGGAGAGCAGAUAGCUCAGCUUAUUGCUGGUUACAUCGACAUCAUCCUCAAAAAGAAAAAGAGCAAAGACCACUUUGGCCUGGAGGGAGAUGAAGAGUCAACCAUGCUGGAAGACUCUGUAUCACCCAAAAAGUCCACAGUGCUGCAGCAGCAGUUCAACAAGGUGGGCAAGGUGGAGACAGGCUCAGUGGCCCUGCCAGCCAUCAUGCGCUCAGGAGCUGGGGGUCCAGAGAGCUUCCAGAUGGGCUCCAUGCCUCAGGCCAAGCAGCACAUCACCAGUGGACAGAUGCACAGAGGACACAUGCCUCCACUGACCUCUGCACAGCAAGCCCUGACUGGAACCAUUAACUGCAGUAUGCAGGCUGUCCAGGCUGCCCAGGCAUCUCUGGAUGACUUUGACACCCUGCCCCCACUGGGAACAGAUGCUGCAUCCCAAGCAUGGCGCAAAAACAAGAUGGAUGAGUCCAAACAUGAGAUCCAUUCCCAGGUGGAUGCCAUCACAGCAGGCACCGCCUCCAUGGUCAACCUCACAGCAGGUGACCCAGCAGAGACGGACUACACAGCAGUGGGCUGUGCUGUCACAACAAUCUCCUCCAAUCUGACAGAAAUGUCAAAGGGUGUAAAACUUCUGGCAGCACUCAUGGAGGAUGAAGGAGGAAAUGGGCAGCAGCUGUUGGGUGCUGCCAAGAACCUAGCUGGUGCCGUCUCUGACAUGCUGAAGACUGCUCAGCCUGCAAAUACUGAGCCUCGUCAAAACCUGCUGCAGGCUGCAGGAAAUGUUGGCCAGGCCAGCGGAGAACUGCUGUCUCACAUAGGAGAGACAGACACUGAUCCACAGUUCCAGGACAUGCUGAUGCAGUUGGCUAAAGCAGUGGCUAAUGCUGCAGCAGCUCUGGUACUUAAAGCUAAGAACGUGGCUCAGAAGACAGAGGAUUCAGCCCAGCAGAACAGGGUCAUUGCUGCAGCCACUCAGUGUGCUCUUUCCACAUCUCAGCUGGUGGCCUGCACCAGGGUGGUGGCUCCAACCAUUAGCUCCCCUGUAUGCCAGGAGCAGCUGAUUGAGGCAGGCAAGUUGGUAGCCAAGUCAGUAGAAGGCUGUGUUGAGGCAUCGCAGGGGGCCUCCAACGACGAGGGCCUCUUGAAACAGGUGGGCGUGGCUGCCACAGGUGUCACUCAGGCCCUCAAUGAGCUGCUUCAACACAUUAAACAGUAUGCCAGCGGAGGCCAUCCUAUUGGACGUCAUGGAGAAGCCACUGAUCGGAUUCUGGAUGUCACUGAGAACAUCUUCAGCUCGAUGGGAGAUGCUGGUGAGAUGGUUCGUCAGGCCCGUAUCCUUGCCCAGGCCACGUCUGAUCUGGUUAACGCCAUCAAGAUGGAUGCAGAGGGAGAGUCAGACCUGGAGAACUCACGCAAGCUGCUGUCAGCCGCAAAGCUGCUGGCUGAUGCCACUGCUAAGAUGGUGGAGGCAGCUAAGGGUGCAGCAGCAAACCCUGACAGUGAGGAGCAGCAGCAGAAGUUGCGAGAAGCUGCUGAAGGUCUUCGCAUAGCCACCAAUGCUGCUGCCCAGAAUGCUAUCAAGAAACGGCUGGUCAACAAGCUAGAGAAUGCAGCCAAACAGGCGGCAGCAGCUGCCACUCAGACUAUAGCUGCUGCCCAGCACGCUUCCUCGUCUAACAAGAACCAGGCAGCCCAGCAGCAGCUCGUCCAGAGCUGCAAGGUGGUGGCAGAGCAGAUCCCUCAGCUGGUUCAGGGAGUCAGAGGCAGCCAGUCUCAGCCUGAUAGCCCCAGCGCUCAGCUGGCCCUCAUCAGUGCCAGCCAGAACUUCCUGCAGCCUGGUGCUAAGAUGGUCACAGCCUCCAAGGCUACAGUUCCCACCAUCAGUGACCAGGCCUCGGCUAUGCAGCUCAGCCAAUGUGCUAAGAACCUGGCCAGUGCCCUGGCUGAGCUCCGCACAGCCUCACAGAAGGCUCAGGAAGCGUGCGGUCCAUUGGAAAUAGACAACGCUCUGUCAAUGGUGAGAGGUCUGGAGAAGGACCUCCAGGAGGCCAAGGCUUCAGCUGAGGAGGGCAAACUCAAACCACUGCCAGGAGAGACGCUUGAGAAAUGCUCCCAGGAUCUGGGUACCAGCACCAAAGCUGUGAGCUCAGCCAUCGCCCAGCUACUGAGUGAGGCCACCCAGGGCAAUGAGAACUACACAGGCAUGGCAGCCAGAGACGUGGCCCAGGCUCUCAAAUCCUUGGCUUCAGCCGCCAGAGGAGUCGCUGCCACCACUGACGACUCACCAGCGCGUAACGCCAUGCUCGACUGUGCCAGUGACGUCAUGGACAAGUCAGCCAACCUGAUCGAAGAGACCAAAAGGGCCAUUGCCAAGCCAGGAGAUGCAGAGAGUCAGCAGCGGCUGGCCCAGGUGGCUAAGGCAGUUUCUCAGGCCCUGAACAGAUGUGUCAACUGCCUUCCUGGCCAGAGGGAUGUGGACAAUGCCAUCCGCACUGUGGGUGAAGCCAGCAAGACUCUCCUGGCUGAUUCUUUCCCAUCCAGUGGAAGGAGCUUCCAGGAGGUUCAGGCUCAGCUCAACGAGACAGCAGCCGGUCUGAACCAGUCAGCCAAUGAGGUGGUCCAGGCGUCCAGAGGGACCACCCAAGACCUGGCCAGGGCCACCAGCAAGUUUGGACAGGACUUCAGCAACUUCCUGGAGGCCGGUGUUGACAUGGCUGGAACAUCCCAGUCUAAAGAGGACCAGACACAGGUGGUGUCCAACCUGAAGACAAUCUCCAUGUCAUCCAGCAAGCUGCUGCUGGCAGCCAAAGCUCUGUCCACUGACCCGAGCUCCCCUAAUCUCAAGAACCAGCUAGCAGCAGCCGCUCGGGCAGUCACAGACAGUAUCAACCAGCUCAUCACCAUGUGCACUCAGCAGGCUCCCGGUCAGAAAGAGUGUGACAAUGCUCUCAGAGAGCUGGAGUCGGUGAGGGGGAUGCUGGAGAACCCAACAGAAGCCAUCAACGAACUGUCAUACUUUGACUGCAUUGACAGUGUCAUGGAGAAUUCUAAGGUCCUUGGGGAGUCCAUGGCUGGCAUUUCCCAUAAUGCCAAGAACUCCAACUUGCCAGAGUUUGGUGAUUCAGUCAGUGCUGGCUCCAAAGCUCUGUGUGGUUUGACCGAAGCAGCUGCACAGGCUGCCUACCUGGUGGGAGUAUCAGACCCCAACAGUUCAGCAGGUCAGAAAGGCCUGGUGGACCCUGCUCAGUUUGCCCGGGCUAAUCAGUCUAUUCAGAUGGCCUGCCAGAACCUGGUGGACCCAGCCUGCACCCAAUCUCAGGUGCUCUCUGCAGCCACUAUUGUAGCCAAACACACCUCUGCACUGUGUAACGCCUGCCGCCUGGCCUCCUCCAAAACUCCCAACCCUGUUGCCAAGAGGCAGUUUGUUCAGUCAGCCAAAGAAGUGGCCAAUACUACUGCCAACCUGGUCAAGUCCAUAAAGGCUUUGGAUGGAGCAUUUAACCAGGAGAACAGAGAGAAGUGUAAAGCUGCCACUGGUCCCCUGAUAGAAGCUGUGGACAACCUGACUGCCUUUGCCUCCAACCCAGAGUUCGCCAGCAUUCCUGCUCAGAUCAGCCCUGAGGGUCAUGCAGCCAUGGAGCCCAUUGUGGCAGCAGCAAAGACGAUGCUGGAGAGCUCGACCGGCCUGAUCCAGACUGCUCGCUCUCUGGCUGUCAACCCCAAAGAUCCCCCCAAGUGGUCAGUGCUGGCAGGUCACUCCAGGACUGUGUCUGACUCCAUCAAGAAACUCAUCACCAACAUGAGAGAAAAGGCUCCUGGUCAGAGAGAGUGUGAUGACGCUAUUGAGGUGCUGAACGGCUGCAUCCGUGAGGUCGAUCAGGCCUCUCUGGCUGCCAUAAGUCAGCAGCUAACACCCCGAGAGGACAUUUCCAUGGAGACUCUCCAUGAGCAGAUGGCUGCCUCAGUCCAUGAGAUCAGUAACCUCAUUGAUCCUGUAGCUGUGGCUGCUCGCUCUGAGGCCUCCCAGCUGGGACACAAGGUCUCUCAGAUGGCCAGCUAUUUUGAGCCCCUGAUCAUGGCAGCCAUUGGCACAGCAUCUAAGAUCCUCAGCAGCCAACAGCAGAUGGCUGUCUUAGACCAGACCAAAACCCUGACCGAGUCAGCCCUACAGAUGCUCUACACUGCCAAGGAGGCUGGAGGAAACCCUAAGGCAGCACACAUGCAGGAGGCCCUGGAGGAGUCAGUGCAGAUGAUGAAAGAAGCAGUGGAUGACCUGGGUGCCACUCUGGCUGAGGCAGCCAGUGCAGCUGGUGCUGUGGGUGGCAUGGUGGACUCCAUCAAUGAUGCUAUCAAUAAGAUGGAAGACUCACCUGCACUUGAACCUGAAGGCACCUUUGUGGACUACCAGACCACCAUGGUUAAGACAGCCAAGGCCAUCGCUGUCACUGUGCAGGAGAUGGUGACCAAGUCAAACACCAACCCUGAUGACCUUGGAGGACUGGCCAACCAGCUGACCAAUGAGUUUGGAAAUCUUGCAAAUGAAGCCAAAUAUGCAGCCAUGACUGCAGAGAAUGAUGAAAUUGGUUCUCACAUUAAGAAGCAGGUGGGAGAGCUGGGUUUUAGCUGCACAGGUCUGGUGACCAAAGCUGGAGCUCUGCAGUGCAGCCCCAACGACUCGUUCACCAAGAAAGAGCUGAUUGAAAGCGCUCGCAAAGUCUCUGAGAAGGUCUCCCAUGUGUUGGCGUCCCUGCAGGCAGGUAACCGUGGCACCCAGGCCUGCAUCACAGCAGCCAGUGCUGUGUCUGGAAUCAUUGCGGACCUAGACACCACCAUUAUGUUUGCCACUGCUGGUACUCUGAACAGAGAGAACGCAGAGACCUUUGCUGACCACAGAGAAUGCAUCCUGAAGACAGCCAAGGCUCUGGUGGAGGACACCAAGCUGCUGGUGUCCGGUGCUGGAGCCAGUCAGGAGAAACUGGCCCAGGCUGCCCAGUCUUCAGUGUCCACCAUCACCAAACUGGCUGAUGUGGUCAAACUGGGAGCUGCCAGCCUGGGUUCUGAAGACCCAGAGACACAGGUGGUCCUGAUCAAUGCAGUGAAGGAUGUGGCCAAAGCUCUGGGCAACCUCAUCAGCACCACCAAGGCAGCUGCAGGCAAACCACAUGACGACCCCAGCAUGCUGCAGCUCAAGAAUUCUGCUAAGGUGAUGGUGACCAAUGUGACAUCCCUCCUGAAGACGGUGAAGGCAGUGGAGGAUGAAGCCACAAAGGGGACCAGAGCUUUGGAGGCCACAAUUGAACACAUCAAACAGGAGCUGGCUGUAUUCAGCAGUUCUGACCCACCGCCAAAGACCACCACACCAGAGGAGUUCAUUCGCAUGACUAAAGGAAUCACCAUGGCAACAGCAAAGGCAGUGGCUGCUGGGAAUUCUUGCCGUCAGGAAGACAUCAUUGCCACCGCCAACCUUAGCAGAAGGGCCAUCGCUGACAUGCUGCACUCCUGCAAGCAAGCUGCAUACCACCCAGAGGUCAGCAAUGAGGUUCAGAUGAGAGCUCUGCGCUAUGGAAACGAAUGUGCCACUGGAUAUCUGGGACUGCUGGAGCAUGUGCUGGUGAUCAUCCAGAAGCCCUCUCAUGAUCUGAAGCAGCAGUUGGCCAACUACUCCAAGCGGGUGGCAGGCUCUGUCACUGAGCUCAUCCAGGCUGCUGAGGCCAUGAAAGGCACAGAGUGGGUGGACCCAGAGGAUCCCACCGUCAUCGCAGAGAAUGAGCUGUUAGGAGCAGCGGCAGCUAUUGAAGCAGCUGCCAAGAAACUGGAGCAGCUAAGGCCCAGGACCAAACCCAAGGAGGCAGAUGAGAGUUUGAACUUUGAGGAGCAGAUUCUGGAGGCUGCCAAGUCCAUCGCAGCUGCCACCAGUGCUCUGGUCAAAGCUGCCUCAGCAGCACAGAGGGAGCUGGUGGCUCAAGGGAAGGUGGGAGCAAUCCCAGCCAAUGCAGUGGAUGAUGGACAGUGGUCUCAGGGGCUGAUUUCAGCUGCCCGAAUGGUCGCAGCAGCAACCAACAACCUGUGUGAGGCAGCCAACUCUGCGGUGCAGGGACAUGCCAGCGAGGAGAAGCUCAUUUCUUCAGCCAAGCAGGUGGCAGCCUCCACUGCUCAGCUGCUGGUGGCCUGCAAGGUCAAGGCUGACCAGGACUCCCAGACCAUGAAGAGGCUCCAAGCUGCCGGAAAUGCUGUGAAGAGGGCCUCUGAUAACCUGGUGAAAGCAGCACAGAAAGCAGCAUUUGAUGCUCAGGAUGACCAGGCUGUGGUGGUCAAGAGUAAGAUGGUGGGAGGUAUUGCUCAGAUCAUCGCCGCUCAGGAGGAGAUGCUGCGGAAAGAAAGGGAGCUGGACGAGGCCAGGAAGAAGCUGGCCAUGAUCAGACAGCAGCAGUACAAGUUCCUCCCUUCAGAGCUGCGGGAGGACGGCCAGGAACAGUGAGAGUGUGUGUGUGUACAUCAGUAAUGCAACAGUGAUCCGUGGAAUGCUCAGGACCUUCCCCCAGCUACAUGUAGAGAGACAUGGCUUCAUGCUUCAGUAGAAACGUAACAUUAGGCAGAUUGACUCCAAUUCCACAGUGAUGUAUCAGGAUGGUUAUUAUCAAUCUGUUUCUAUAUUUAAUUUUGAAAGUCAGAAGUGUUAUGAUGAUUAUGAGUUUGAUAAUACAGAAAUAUAUGUAUGCCUUAAAUCCUUAUUAAGGUAUAUUUGCUUUUGACUAUAUAUGAUCAUAUACUUUUGAAAUAUAUCUGGCGCUUUUCUUGUCCUUUGUAUCUGGAUAGCGUGUCUUUGUGUACAUGCUGUGUGGCUUCGUAAAGUAACAAAAUCCUGCCAAUAAAUUCUGCUCGCCUUCACUGUUAGAACUUUAAUGUUAGAUCAUAGAGAUAUGAAGGCAAGCACAAUUUAGGCUUUUAUGCAAAUUAUGCAUAAUCUAUGCAAAUUUUCUAUGGAGAUGUGUUGUGUUUUUUUGUGUUAGUGUGCAUGUUUAGAGGCAAAGAGACGCAAUGUCUAAGUGAUUGUGAAGCAGAGGUGUGUGGUGACCACAUGGACAGUGAUGAUCUUCAGUACAUUACUUUUAAUACUGAAAAAAGGACAAAUGGAGUUUUAAUGUUUGAAUUUGGUAAAAUUAACUUUGCAAUGGAACAAAUCAGAGUAAAUAAACGUUAUUUUUCUAAAGAUUGAGCUAUAAAAUGUAUUAAAAUGGAAUUUUUCAAUAAGUGGCUGUCUUAGUAAAAGUUUUUCGUGUAAGUAUUUUGACUUAAGCAGCUCCAGCAUUUAGGCCUAGAUAAGAUUAGAAGAUUUGUUUGUGUGAAGAUUAUAAAGCCAUAUAUUUAACUUUAAGACAUGUGACAUCAUAUUGACUGUAUUUGGGUGUUCAUUGUUUUGUGACUCACUCCAGUGACAUGUUAUCUGUGCCAAUAUUAGUGUCUGACACAGUGACAAAGUUGUAGUUCAGAUUUUUUAAAUUGGGGUUGUAUGAAGUCCUCAUCUAUUGUCAAUGUGCUACCAACAGUAGAUGUCAGUUGGCACAGUUGGAAGUAGGCAGGAGUCCAACACAGACACAGCGUGUGUGUGUGUGUGUGUGUGUGUGUGUGUGUGUGUGAGAGAGUGUGACUUUGGUGUUUCAAGGGGUUAGUCAGGAUUCACCAAAGUCACACAAUAACAAACUAACUAACUGAUCGAAGCAGCAGUAGACCAGCAGCUCCUGUGUCCAGCAAGCCAAAAUUACUGUUUAUGUCAAUGGCAUCUGGUGGCUUUAAAGAGAGCAUAGAUGGGGAACUAAAGCCGUUGAAGACUUCCCUGUUGGAACAGACUGCUUUCUGUAUUCUGCUGCCGACCCCUAUCCACAGCAGUACAUUGCUUAGCUUCCAUUUCAGCACUCCUGCCACUUCUCUGACCAUGGACCACCUCAUACAACCCUACUUCAAAAAAGCUGAACUAUUCCUUUAUUUUCUAGAGAAUUCCUGUCUUAGUACAAUCCUGUGAUUCCAGUCUGAGGUAUAUAUGUUCUGUUCACCUAAUGCUUUCGUGUUAGAUAUUACUUGCGUAGAGUUCAGAUUAUUUCUCAUUACCAAGGGCCUAAUGUGAGCUCACUCUUUGUUCCCAGUAUAUCAGUGCUUAUAAAGUGCCUUCGUAUAAUUGUCUCAAGUAUUAUAAUCUGCUAAAAUCAUUUACCCUUUCGAUGCACUUAAUUCAUAACCCAUUUCAAUAAUUUAUCAGAACAUCAUGAAAUCCACCCUUACACCACACGUGUCUUUACUUUCUUUAACUAUGAUUUUUAGAGCAAACAUGGCACAGCUACAGCAGCGUGCCUGAUAUAAAAAUGACUGUUAUCAUACAAAGCCUUUGUCUUUUGCUCACAUUUUGACUUAAAUUCCAGCAGCACCACCUCAUGGGUACUGUAACAGAGAUUUAUAUUCAAUAAAGCCAAUUUUCUGUGAAA